AUGGAAAAUCACAAAAAGAGGAAUCUAACUUUUCUUACCAUUGGACUGAUGUUUAUGCUGAGCGGCAUUGAGUAUGCCGUCAUUCUGCCUACAAUAUGGCGGUAUCUCCAGAUUUUGGAGGCCCCACCAUACUUCCUGGGUCUGGGUCUGUCUGCCUUCAGUCUGAGCGGACUGCUCACAGGCCCGCUUUUUGGGUUCUGGUCAGAUCGGAGCAAAACUACAAAGUCCAUCAUCCUUUUCUCCAAUCUUUUUGAGAUUGUCGGUAACUUCAUGUAUUUUAUUGGAUACUCAGAGUGGUUGUUGCUAUGCAGUCGGCUGGUAGCAGGUGUCGGUGCAGGAGCAGGCUCCUCCAUCUUUGGUUUCCUGACUCGGAGCACCCGGCCAGAGGAGCGCGCUGGUAUCUUUGCAGCCGUUAUGGCCUGUCGACAAGUUGGCCUCCUUGUCGGGCCGGCGUUCAACCUGUUCCUUCGGCUGUGUGAUUUCAAACUGGGGCCCUUGGUUGUGAACAAAUAUACGUCUCCUGGGAUCUUCAUGUGCCUGUUGUGGGUGCUGCUCCAGUUUGUCGUCCUGGCGAUGUACUGGGAUGUUCCACCCAUCAGCUCAGAGGGGGGAGCAGUGAUGGUGGAGAUGAAACAAGAGGAGGGUGAUGAGGAGGCGGUGCCACUGAUGGGGUCCGACGAGGAGCCGGUGCACACCUACAGAGCUGUCAGCUCCGACCAAUUAGAGACCUCCGGCGCGUCCGAGAUGGAGCCCAUCCACGGUGCCUUGUCGGUCUCAAACCCCUUCAAAAACUUCAGUGCCAGCAGAGAGUUCCUGAGAGAAGAGGUGGUUGUUCUCCUCACGGCUCAGUUCAUCACUCUCUUCAAUCAGACAGCGCUGGAGACCAUGGUGACUCCUCUGACACAGCGCUACUUCAGCUUUGGCGAGCUGGGCAACAGCCUGAUGUACAGCCUGUGUGGGGUGGAGGUCAUCCUGGGCUUCUUCUUUGUGCGCUGGCUGAGCAGGAAGGUGGCGGACCGCGCCGUGCUGGCCGUGGGCCUGGUCAUCUGCUGCACCGCCUGUAUCUGGUGCCUCAUCUUCCUGUGCAACCCCCGAGGUGGUUAUGGAUGGGAGCUGUCGGCCUUCAUCAUCGGUGUAUUUCUGCAGCUGCUGGGGCUUCCCUUCGUGGCUGUGUCUCAGGUGUCUCUCUUCUCUAAAGUCACUGCAGAGAAAACACAAGGAUUCAGCCAAGGUGUCAGACGCUCAGUUGGGGGCCUGGCCACCAUCUUGGGUCCUUUGUGGGCUGGAGGAUUGACCAAUAAUUUGUAUAUAAUGCUGGGCAUGAUGCUGGCUCUCCUCUUAAUGAUCACAGUUAUGACAGUGCUGUCCUACGACCGCCUGACUGAGCCCAGGGCAGUGCAGUGCGCCCAGAGCUCUGACAGUGGAGGAUAGAGCUGCAGUCUGUCUGAAGAGCAGGAGAGGCUAAAGACAGACAGAGGACUGCCCUUCGCUUGUCAGAGAAUCAAUACGAGUGUCCUGCAGAGGAAGCUGAAUGAGUGUGGAAUAAAAAAUAUUCAGAACACAUACCAGCCAUAGAGGUGGUCCGACACAGGUGAACACAAUGUAUGUUUUUAUGCUUUUGCAAAAUUGUAUCAGAUUUGAUUAGAAUCCACCAUUGGAUUAUUAAUUGUAUUUUACACAAGGGGGCGCCAUUGCUCUCAUAUUGAAUAUUCAGAGGGGUAAUUGAAGAUGAAAGCCAUUAUUUUUAAACUGAACUAUUUAUAUUCCCAGGUGUUGAUGAAAAGAUAAGAGAGCAGGUUUUUCCAUGUGACCUAUGUUUACCAAAUUUUCAUUUAUUGUUCCAAAGUCUUUCUUCUUUUACAAAAAAAAAAAACUAGCUGAAAAGGAAACAGUUGACACAAUGGGUGCAGAAGUGGAGUUGUCAAUGUCUUAGCAGCCGCAUGUCACUGUAGCUGAUAAAAGAAAGUGAAGCUUUACAGAUUUCAUGAUAUUUAUUUGUAGUGUUGGAGUAAAACUGUGUCUUUUUGUGUUAAAAUUAAACUAGAGAGAUGUUA